UGGGGUACAUUGGAUAGUCAGGAAUAGUAUAGAGGGAUUGAGCGGUAAUUCGUCUUGCAUUUCUGAGUUUUUUCCCCCCAAGCUGCUUCAGUUACUAGAGUACCGGUGUCGACGGAAACAUUAGCAUGCAUAAUACGAAUCCGUGAUCCGCUAAGGCGUUUAGACACAUAUCUCCGAUUUCCUCUGAAUGCGGCUCUACCGCAGAACGAUAAAAUACUAGGUCUAGACACUAGGUAUUGAUUGUUAUAUUUUCUAGCAGGCCUACUGAACAGUCGUAGACGGAUCGAGCUACCGGACUUUUAAUUCCGGAUCUUAUAAUCGUCUAUCGAUCUGGUUUAUUGUCAUAACUUGACUUUCAGGUUUCAAGAUGUCUGUUCCAAAAAGUUUCCAAUAUCGAGAGACUGUCAAAAAUGCGGACAACCCGGUUACUGGUGGUGGUGAGGAGUUCUCAUUGUUAACCUACAACUUGCUUGCUACCUGCCAUGUUCCACGCUGGGAUUACAGCUAUACAAAGGCGGACCCUAAAACACUCGAGCUGUCUUAUCGUCAUGCAGUACUAAUGAAGGAGGUAGAAUAUCUGGACAAUGACAUUAUUUGCUUUCAGGAGGUUGGACCGACAUACUGGAAGGAAACUCUGGAGGCAGAUAUGAACAGGCUGGGGUAUGUAGGUGUGUUUGUCAGGAAGAAGGAGGACAAUGAUUACUAUGAUGAAGGGUGUGCCACCCUUUGGAAGAAAUCAAAAUUUACUUUAGAAGAAAAGACGUUGCUCUAUCUAGGGGAUGAAGCAGGCAAAAGAUUCCUGUCUCACCUGUCCCAGUAA